AUGAAAAAGAUGAAACAUGGAAAGCCAACUCCUGGUCAAAAAAUAUGCUAUGGUGAUUCAGCACAUCCCUGCUACAAGAUUGCCUAUUUCCAAGACAUGUCUCGGCGUGUGGGUUUUCAGGAGGCUCGCCAAGCUUGUGAAAUGGGUGGUGGAGUACUUCUAAGUCUUGAAAGUGAAACAGAACAGAAACUGAUAGAAAACAUGCUGCAGAAUCUCACAAAAUCAGGUCCUGGGAUUUCUGAUGGAGACUUCUGGAUUGGCCUAUGGAGAAAUGGAGAGGGACAAACCACAUCCAGUGCCUGCCCUGAUCUUUACAAAUGGACAGAUGGAAGCAGUUCCCUCUUCAGAAAUUGGUAUACUGAUGAGCCUUCCUGUGGGAGUGAAGCUUGUGUUGUGAUGUAUCACCAGCCAACUGCGAAUCCGGGUUUAGGAGGGCCUUAUCUUUAUCAAUGGAAUGACGACAGAUGUAACAUGAAGCACAAUUUUAUCUGCAAGUAUAAGUCAGAAGAUCUUGUAGAAAAAGAAUCAAGAGACAGAACAGAUUCGCAUCAUGAAGUUCAAGCAACAGUGCCAGCCAUGAAGCCUAAUGAUCCAAGCAAGUCAGAAGAUGAUCUUCCAUUGGUAGUUACUGAAACUGGGGGUCUAAUUCCUAAUUUAAUUUACGUUGUUAUACCAACCAUACCACUGUUGUUGUUGAUAUUAGUGGCUUUUGGGACUUGCUGUUUCCAGAUGCUUCAUAAAAGUAAAGGAAGAACAAAAACCAGCCCUGAUCAGUCAACACUGUGGAUUUCUAAGAACCCCAGAAAGGACAGUAACCUGGAAGUAUAGAAAACUGGCUGAAGAGAAAGCAGAAAUGAUACUUUUCAGGAUUUCUUAGAUUGUCUUGUUAAAUAUUAGUUUGGAAUGGCUUGAAAUUGCAACAGAUCAACAGAAUGAAGUGGAAGCUCCCCCUUGAGGCUACUGCUUGGAUCAUUUUUUUAUACAUAAUUUUUGGUUUUUAAUUCCAUAGCAAGCGUAGCCUGCUUAAAAAAGAAAGAAAGAAUGUGAUUAUUUUGCUAAGGAAAGUAACUUGGUUACAAAUACUAAUGAGUAGACAAAAUAUUUUGAAUUCAUUCCAUGUGUCAGUUGUGGAAAAAUAUUUCUAAUUUAACCUUUAACAUUUAUUUCCAUUAUUAAUUUCAUAUAUAUUGUAUUAUUUCUCGCUAAUGGAUGGACAUUAAUUCCAGCUAAUAUGAAUUUACAGUGUAUUAAGAUAAUUUAUCUUUGCAUAAAAAAUCUACACUAGAAUAUGAGUUAUUAUAAUCUCAUAUAUGUAAAAAUAUUAGUGUUAUUCAUUUGAUGAGAUUCCUUUAAAGCAAAGAAAAUGAUGCACAGUACUUGAUUAUUCUUUGCUACCAUCUAUUUUUGAUAAUGCUUGUCCAAUGUUAGCACAAAUUAUUGUACUCAGGUCCCAUUAAUUAGUACAAAAAUAGUAGAAUUAGUACAUUCAAUUCCCUGACAACAAGCUGAAAGAAAAAGUAGCUUUUCCUAUGUAUGCUUUACUGUUGGAACAAGCAAUGGCAGAAAUGUAUGGUUGACAACUUAUUCCAUACUGGUAUCUUGUUCUGUUCUGGUUUUUUUGUGGUUUUGUUUUUAAAUCGUAGGAAAGAGAAGUCACGCUGAUGCCACAUAGAAAGACUCUCUCUUAAUCACUUAAAAACCAU